AUGACCAAUCCCGAUAAAGCCACGAUUCGACAACCAGUCACGACGCGAAAGGGUCUGUCACCGGCCAUUGUUUUGAAGGAUGUGGAUCAAAAUGUGAUCAAGUCUUUCCUCGAUACACUUCAGCGAAGCUCAGACAUGUUCGAUAGUAGGAUGCAUCAUGAUGCACAUGAAUUCCUCAACGUCGUGCUAAACCAUGUGGGUGAAGAUUUGAUCAGACGAUCAAGUCCAGAUAAACAGACCGGUGGGAAUGGUAAGGACACAGACGCUACGUACGUGCACCGCCUUUUCCAAGGUGUGUUGACGAAUGAGACUCGCUGCUUGUCAUGUGAAACGAUAUCAAAUCGAGAUGAACAAUUCUUGGAUCUCUCUAUCAAUGUGUCGCCACAUACUUCUGUUACAUCAUGUCUGCGCCAAUUCUCAGAGAGCGAGAUGCUUUCCGGCCGCAACAAAUUUUUCUGUGAUGCCUGCUCGAGUUUACAAGAGGCUGAGAAACGAAUGAAGAUCAAGUAUGCGCCCGACGUUCUUGCCUUGCAUUUGAAACGCUUCAAAUGGGAUGAACGCAAGCAGGCGUAUGUCAAGCAUGCAUGCCGUGUCGUUUUUCCGAUGGAUCUGCGUUUGUUUAAUACGACAGAUGAGGCUGAAGAUCCGGACAAACUGUAUGAGCUGUUUGCUAUUGUCGUCCAUAUUGGCUCAGGAUCUCAUCAGGGCCAUUAUGUAUCUAUUAUCAAGAUCGGGGAACAAUGGGCUCUGUUUGAUGAUGAAUCCGUGGAAUUUAUCUCGGAGUCCGAUAUUGGGAAGUAUUAUGGGGAUGUGCCAGAGAUUGGAAGCGCGUAUGUCUUGUUUUACCAGGCGGCCGACCUGAAGAAACGGGGCAUGCAGCCGAUGAAGACGCCAUCGCCCAAAGCCAUGAGACAAGGCGACCAAAAUACGGCAUUCUCAAGAACACCUACUUCGCCGACAUCGACAAUGUCAGCCAUUGCGCUAAGCCCCCCUGCCAUGUCCACGUCGGUGAGUCCGCCAUCGCAGGGAAGCAUAGCACCUCCCACAUCCACCGUGGUUACGCCCUUCCGUGGUGAGGCUGGGACAUCGAUAGCCCUUCCCAAAGAUGCGUCGGUACUUCCCUCCCUGCCAACGACAAGUGCUCCUCCAAUAAUGCCCACACCUACAGUACCAGCCUCUCCCUCAACGCAGGCCUCCAGUGGCAUUCUGAUGGUGGAUGCACCAUCGCCUACCUCUCCUAAAAUCAUAACCAUUCCAAACGCCCAGAUGGGUGCAGCUCCUGUCAGCCAGGAGGCAGUACAACCUAUUCCCAUUACAACAGGAACAGCACCUAUGGAAACCAACAAAACAAUGACUACGAGUGUACCGGCGCAGCCGAUUUCCAUUGUCUCUGCACAUGAUACGAUGCCAGUGUCUCCUUCGAAGAGCUCUGCGUCGACGCCCUAUGAACCUUCCUCACUCUCCCCAAUCAAAGAGACCUCAGGUAUACCUAUUCGCUCUGGGAAAGAAGAUGUGGGCAGGAAAACAUGGCGAAGCAGGUUCAGUCGGAUAUUAUCAUAG